CAUCGUGUAGGCUCGGUUUAUGUUUUGUUUCUUUAGUUAAUUCUGCCACCAGAGGCCUUUUAGGAGAGCAGUAGACAGACGUUAAGCCUUUGAUACAGCGGGUAUCGGUGUACCGGUGGCUGCUUGGUGUUCACGCCGUCGUUAGGAGCUGAUUACGGGCCUUUGCCGGUGCUGCGUCGCGCUGUUUGCUUCUCGGAGCUCCUCAAACACCGGAGUCAAGAACAAACUUCUAAUUAUUAGUAUAUCAAGAAAUCAUGGCAGACCUUGGCAUCAGAGCAGGAGACAAAGUACUGCUGGUGUGGGCUCAGCCUUCAACACCUACAGCCCUGAAGCAGUACGCAGAGGAGCUGGGAGCGGUCGUCGGUGCGGACGGCAGAGUGGCGGUGGAGAACAUGGAGAGGCUGCUGCUGUCCUCUCAUGCGGCCUCCACUUUCGACUGGGUGCUCUCUUGCCUUUUGGCUGACAGCUCCUCCAUCCACACUUCAGAGACUCUAGCAGAGAUAGCCAGAGUGCUCAAACCUGGAGGGCGGCUGGUCCUCGAUGAACCAGUUACAGGAUCAGAAGGACAAAGUGUGAAGACAGCUGAGAAGCUGGUGUCGGCUCUGAAGCUGUCCGGCUUUAUGUCAGUAACAGAGGUCAGCAAAGCAGAGCUCAGUCCUGAAGCGCUGAGCUCCCUCAGGACAGCCUCUGGUUACCAAGGAGACACCCUGUCUCGAGUCCGCGUAUCUGCCUCCAAACCUGACUUUGAGGUGGGGUCAUCGAGCCAGAUCAAACUGUCGUUCGGGAAAAAGACAGCCAAGCCAGCAGAGAAACCUGCUCUGGAUCCCAACACAGUGAAAAUGUGGACGCUGUCAGCCAACGACAUGAACGAUGAUGAUGUGGAUCUGAUGGACUCGGAUGCUCUGCUGGAUGAAGAUGAUUUGAAAAAACCAGAUCCAGCUUCUCUUAAAGCUCCCGGCUGUGGAGAAGGAGCCGGCAAGAAGAAGAAAGCCUGCAAGAACUGCACGUGUGGGCUAGCUGAAGAGCUGGAGCAGGAGAGUAAAGGAAAACAGAAGACUGAUCUGCCAAAAUCAGCCUGUGGAAGUUGUUACCUUGGCGAUGCUUUCCGAUGUGCCAGCUGCCCGUACUUGGGGAUGCCGGCGUUCAAGCCGGGAGAGAAAAUCGUUCUGGACAACACCACACUGACAGAUGCUUGAAACACGAUUUCAGCGACCUGCACUGCUCAAACUUCAAGACAUGACAUUCCUCUCUUUUCCGACCCUGGAGACACGAUUCCCUCCGGUUACACCCUGAGGAGCAGCGAGGUGCCUCACUGAGCCUUAUUUUGUUUAUUAGUCACACUGGAGUGACACAGGGGUAAAAAUGCACUGAGAGUUUGAGUCCUGCUGUGAUGAGAUUUAAAAUAUAAACUCUCAAAAUGAUCAGUGCAAUUACACCAUACAGAAGUUUUUAUUUUUUCCAGCUCUCAUCUGUCAGCUGGAUUGCAGUUGUCCAUCAUUGAAACUUCAAUAGAAAUGAUUUAUUGUUGACUACAAAGUCUGUAGUGAGAGCACCUUCACCUGAAGGGUUUCUAGGUCAUCCUGAAAAGCUGACACGCUUUCUUUAUUCCUUGUAUUUAAACUUCCAUUUACACCUGAUCGCUAACAGCUAAAGAACCGAGUGGAAACAAAUUGCUGUUUAAGAUUUACGGACGCUGACAUCGAAACCAAACGCCAUUUAAACCGUUCAAAUGAAGGGUCUGUAUGUAUGUAGAAGGCAAAGAAGUGUUGUUGUCUCUCUUUGUUUCAUUGCAAUAAACUAAAACCAGCCUUA